CCAAGUUGUCCUACAUUCCGCUACAGUCUGCUGCUGCUGCUUCAGUUGCUUCGAAAAUCAGCUCGGAGAAGCAGGAGCCGAGAAGCAGACAAGAUGAUGAUGUUCAUUGCAAACAUCUUCCUCCUCUGUUUGUUGCGUGGGGCACAGCUGAAUGAAAUCUCUCAGCCUGAGGCGCUGCAAACACUGAACCUUGGAGACACAGCUAUGAUUGAAUGCUACAUAAACAGUGUACUGACAAAAAGAGUUUGGUACAAACUGACUAUAAAGAGGAGACUACAGCUUGUUGCAACUUUUAAUUCUGACUAUAAUCAUACUACCUUUACUGAUGAGCGUUAUUCAUUAAAGACUGAUGGGGUCAACAUGCAUCUGAUCAUAUCUAGAACAUCGUGGGAUGAUGUUGGAACGUACUUCUGUGGAGUAGUGCUCUUGGAUGACAUUAAGUUUGGAUCAGGGACCUUUCUGAUUCUGAAAGGUGCAAAGAUGGUCAGUCACUCUGUCGUCCAGCUGCCUCAGUCACAGUCAGUCCAGUCUGGAGACUCUCUGACCCUCAGUUGUUCAGUUCACACUGAAUGCACAGAGCAUGCGAGUAUUAUGUGGCUGAAAAACUCUGAUUAUUCUGCCCCUGAAAUGAUUUACUCUGAAAAUAACGGCAGUGCUUGUCAGAAGACUAAGAGUGGAGAAACCACUUGUGUGUACAACCUUCUCAUGAGGAACAUCAGCUCUGAUGAUGCUGGAGUUUACUACUGUGUGGUGACUUCAUGUGGACAAAUGCUACUGGGAAAUGGGACCAAGCUCAUCUUUAACUAUGGCACGGACUCUCCAGACGUUGGCCGUGUUUGUAUUUUGGUGCCCACCAUCCUGCUGGGAGCUUAUCUGGCUUUCGUAGUGUGCAUGAUCAAAUCUUGUGAAUCCUCAGAAGGAUAUUCUGCUCACUCUACAAUCUAUGCAGAGGUACAAGAAAACGAACAUCUGAAGAUCAAAAGAUCAAAAAGACUGAGAGACGACACCUGGACUGAAUGUGUGUACUCCACUGUAAAGCAGUACUAAUGAACGCUUUGUCUUCUCUUUUGCAUUUUUAAAAUGGCAUCUUACUAGUGUGGCCUUUCAAGCAAGCUUACGCUUUACUUUUAAUAACAUUACGUACAAUCAAUGUACAGCUUUACCCUGCAAUAAACUCAUUAAAUAAGAUAUUCUAAAGACAAAACAUGAAGUGCAGUUAUUUCCACAAUCACUGUGAAACAAGACAGCUCUAGACUCUC